UGAACAGGGCAGACAUACAUACAUACAGCAAUUAGGUGCUGGACCUCUGCAGUGUCCUCCUGCAUAAACUGUUCUCCAAGCCAGUUCUGCUUCUACUGCCUGCUCCUACAACUAGGGACAAGAGGAAAAGGACUAGGAAAGAGAGAAGGUGAUCAGAAGAAGCAUCCCUUUUAACUCCACAGCUCAAAGUUUUCCAAGGAAGCUACAUAUUGUGCCUUUCUGCUAUUGUUCCAGGCAUACCUAACGUGAUACCAUUGCUUAUGGGACUUAUACUUGUAUAUGUACCACCACAUCCGAUUGUAAGAACUUUAUUUUACUGCGAGGACCAUCUGCCAAGGAGAUAGCAUCAUGCCCACCUUUGAUCAGGUGCUAAAGGAGGCUGGUGAGUUUGGGCACUAUCAGAAAAGGGUCUUCCUCCUAUUAUGUAUGACGGGCAUAACGUUUGCCUUCUCUUUUGUGGCCAUUGUGUUCUUGGGACAGAUGCCAGAGAGUUACUGGUGUAGAAGCUCAGAGGUGGCAGAACUUAGUAGGAGCUGUAGAUGGAGUCCAGAAGAAGAGAGGAACCUCACCGUACCAAGAAUACAUCAUGACAAAACUGACCAAAGCAUGUGUCACACCUACGACAUCACCUGGAAUAUCAGUAGUUCACCCCUCAACUGUGAGACGCCUAUCUACUCUGCCGCAAAUCUAACCUUGGAGAAACUGCCCAUAAAGCCAUGUGAGGAUGGAUGGGUUUAUCAAGAAUACCGCACAACCAUCAUAAGUCAGUACAACCUGGUAUGCACAGAUGCAUGGAAACUUGACUUGACACAAGCUUCACUGAACCUGGGAUUUUUGGUAGGGGCCCUGACAUUGGGCUAUGCUGCAGACAGAUAUGGAAGAAAAGUCACAUACCUGAUUUCGUCUUUUGGAGUUGGACUAUGUGGAGUCAUUGUAGCAUUUGCACCAAACUUUUACAUUUUGGUGUUUUUUCGUUUUCUACAAGGUAUCUUUGGGAAAGGAACAUGGAUGACAUGCUAUGUUAUUAUAACAGAGCUGGUGGGAUCAAAACAGAGACGAAUCGUUGGUAUUGUGGUUCAGAUGUUUUUCACUUUGGGGGUAAUGAUCAUUCCUGGCAUUGCCUACUUGAUUUCUACAUGGCAAGGCAUUCAGCUGGCCAUUUCACUACCAAACUUCCUCUUCCUCCUUUACUACUGGUUCAUCCCUGAGUCUCCUCGAUGGCUGCUAAUCCGAAAAAAGAAAGACAAGGCAUUGCGUAUAAUGGGUGACAUUGCUAAACACAAUGGAAGGUAUCUCACCCCAAACUACUGCCAGGUAUCCCAAAUAACAGUUGCAGAUGAGGAAAUUACAAAUCCUACAUGCAUGGAUCUGGUCAGAACACCACAAAUGAGGAAGUGCACUAUAAUUCUGAUGUUUGCCUGGUUUACAAGUGCAGUCAUCUAUCAAGGUCUUGUGAUGCGGCUAGGAAUCGUGUCUGGAAGUCUCUAUACAGACUUUUUUAUCUCUGCAGCUGUGGAAUUACCAGCGGCCAUACUUAUUCUACUCUCCAUUGAUCGCAUUGGGAGAAGACUUCCAUUUGCUUUGAGUAAUGCUGGAGCAGGCAUUGCAUGCUUAAUAACUGCUGCAAUAUCCACAGAUCUCUUGUGGCUAAAAAUAACACUAGCCACUUUAGGCCGACUGGGAAUCACAAUGGCAUUUGAAAUUGUGUACUUUGUAAAUACAGAACUAUAUCCAACACCACUGAGAAACUUCGGUGUAUCCUUGUGUUCAGGCAUGUGUGACCUAGGAGGAAUCAUUGCCCCAUUUUUACUUUUCCGAUUAGCAGAACUAUGGGUGGAACUUCCUCUCAUCAUAUUUGGAAUACUUGGCCUUAUUUGUGGUGGUCUGGUAUUGUUAUUGCCCGAAACAAUGGGUAUUUCCUUACCAGAAACAAUUGAAGAUGUUGAGAAUCUUGGAAGGCCAAUGAGAAACGACAAGAAAGAGAAUAUGGACUACUCUUGACAGUCAUCUAAAAAGUUAUGGUGUGAUAUUAUGACCUUUCAUUAGGCAUAAAUUUCAAGAUAGUCAAUGGAAAUAAAUACCCUUAUAGUUUUGUAAAUGUAUCCCCCACAUAUGCAUAGCUUACUAGGUCUAGAACAGGUCAGCAUAAAAAACAUAGGGGGAGAUUUAUCAAACUGGUGUAAAGUAGAAC